AGCUGUAUCUCCUAGACUACUAUACCACCCUCUGCGACUGGUUUUGAUUCCAAACUUGCCUCAGAGGACAGCGGUCCAACGAAUGAGGACGAGCUACGAAUGAGUAACAGGAACCGCGAUGGAUACAUCCCCGUAGCAGGAGAGGCAGUUGACGACCUGUCUAUCACAGACAUUCCCCGCGAAGGCGUCCUCCACGUACAUCCAGAUGGCACCUAUACAUAUGCGUACGGACCAACAGGCAUCGCAGGCCUCGUGCACAACUAUUACGCCCUGGGAUGCGCAGUAUUCGCGUCUAUCGGAGGCCUUACCUUCGGAUACGACCAAGGAGUGAUAGCGAACGUGCUCGUCAUGAAGGACUUUGUCGGAAGGUGGCACUUGAGUGCUUGGGAUACUGGUCUCAUGAGUGCGUGUGUCCCGCGCGAGUACGAGGAGAACCAAGGGGAAUGGCGAAUAACUCUGAUAGCUAGCCGCUGCGCUCGAGCUGGGAUCCCUCCUUGGAGCGUUGGCUGCCGGAACCCUGACCGACCAAUACUCCCGGAGGCAGUCUAUUUUCGUAGCGAGUGCGAUAUUCUGCAUAGGGUCCGCUCUGCAAUGCGCGGCGCAGAAUCCCGAGCAUCUGGUUCUUGGACGGGGAAUUGGAGGUAUAGGCGUCGGCGCUCUGAGCAUGCUCUCCCCACUGUACAUGGCGGAGAUCAGCCCUCCCGAAGUGCGGGGGUCACUCAUGGCUCUCGAACAAUUUGCUAUCGUGCUCGGAGCGGUCCUAGGCUUCUGGACUGGCUUCUUCACUCGCAACGUUGAGGGAUCAGCCUCGUGGCGAAUACCUCUCGGUAUCCAACUCAUCCCAGGCAUUCUCUUAGGCUUAGGCGGACUCGCCCUCCCGCCGUCACCUCGCCUUCUGGUUGCGAAGGGACGAGUAGAGGAAGCGCUCGCUUCUCUUGCGAGGCUCCGUCUACGCUCCCUCGCCGAGAGCGCCAGCGACCCUUUGCUACAGAUCGAGUUGCUCGAAAUGCAGGUCGAGGCAGCGCUCAUAGAGCAAACAUCACGCAGCCAUGGCGCACAAGGUGCAAAGACUGGGUCACUCAGUGUUGAAAUCCAUUCUUGGAAACGUCUGUUUGGGCCAAAGCUACUGCGACGGACGCUCAUCGGCGUGGUGAUGAUGACCUUCCAGCAGUGGAGCGGGAUCAACGCGCUACUAUACUACGGCCCCACGCUGAUGCAUUCCCUCGGCUUACAAGGAGAUGCAGUGACGCUCAUGUCCGCUGGUGGAAUCGGUGUGGUGCAGUUCAUAGCGGUCUUCCCUGCUAUCGUGUUUAUCGACCGCCUCGGUCGGCGGCCGCUCCUCCGCUGGGGUAGCGCGGCGAUGUCGCUCUCGCACUUGCUCAUCGCGCUCCUCGUGUACCGCUACAGCGCUGUAUGGCCCGCGCACCCGCUCGCGGCCUGGGUCUCCGUCGGUUGCGUGUACGCGUUCACGGCCGCGUACGGUGUUAGUUACGGGCCGAUCGGCUGGAUCCUGCCCAGCGAGGUGUUCCCGCUCUCCGCACGCAGCAAGGGUGUCGCGCUCGCGACCGCGUCGAAUUGGCUUAACAACUUCUUGAUAGGGUUGCUGACGCCAGUGUUCAUGGAGCGCUCCGCGAGCGGGACGUUCGUCGUGUUCGCGACGGCGUGCUUCGCGGGGUACGUGUGGUCGACGUACUGCGUGCCCGAGACGGCGAACAUCUCGCUUGAGGAGAUCGAUGCCGUAUUUGGGUCGAGUGCAGGGCGGGAGGACGUUGCGAUCAAGCACCAGAUCGAAGUUGAUCUCGGCCUACGUGCCCUCGUUCAGCGAUGGGCGGACAGGUCCGUACGUGAUGGCGUCGAAUAGGGGAUGGCACGUUGUAAAGGAAGGGACAGCAGCGGGCUCCGCCGAGUGUCGGACGAGGAUCAGCCCAACAGACAACGAGCGUAGACGAAGCGGCCCGGUGCUUGCGCCAGCUCCUGUGUAGCAACACUUCAUAUCAUACUAGUCUUGUAGUUGAUUCAGCGCCUCCAACGCCAUACAGUACAGGGAAACCACAUGCGAGGAAGCAAGGCG